AUGGGUGAAUACACUGUACUAGGCCCGUGCACGGGCCCCGCCGAGAACAACACCCGCACCCUCCUCCUCGCGCUGAGGCCGUGCAGCGCCGAGGACGCAGUGGACCAGUUCGACGCGCAAGGCAUCCGCGAGAUGGGCCGCGACGUGCUCGCCCUCGCGACGCAUAACCUCGCGCAGGCGAACAUCCGUUUCGCGACCAGCGCGCACAUGAUCCGCUUCGGGGCAGCCGAGGUCGGCUUCUCGUCUUUCCCCGCGCACCCGUGGCCCGGCGAGCUCGACGACGUGCAGUCGCGCGCGUGGGACCUCCUCGCUGUCGUCUCCAACUCAGGCCUGACGGUCGACCUGGACUCGCUGCGCGAGAUCACGACCCGAGCGUCUGAAGACAUCGGUGACAUGGACGAUGACGAGGGCGGCAACGACACGAUCGCCGCCGCCGAGGGCGCCGACAACGCCUAA